AACAAUAUGGCCGGCAGUUAGUCGGUAUCGAACCGUCUCGCCGCGCGGUUAGUCGCGAUGGGCCGAUUGAGUGUCGUUUGAAUGUACGUGACAACAGGAUCGGGCAAUUUUUAACCACUAACAGAUGGCAUGGGCGCUAGGAUCCUUUUGCAUUGGGUUCUUGUAGAAAACGGUGAAGAAACCAAUUAAUUGGUUGAUACAAAUACCGUUCAACGAAUUAAGAUUAAGAUAGAAAAAAUGGAGGGUAGCGCAUGCCAGAGUAAGAAACAAAUCCGUGUUGGAUUUUAUGACAUCGAAGGAACCAUCGGCAAGGGUAACUUUGCUGUGGUCAAGUUAGCCCGUCAUCGAAUCACCAAAACAGAGGUAGCAAUCAAGAUAAUAGAUAAGACUCAACUGGACUCGACAAAUCUGGAGAAGGUGUACCGUGAAGUAGAGAUAAUGAAGCAAUUGGAACACCCACAUAUUGUCAAGCUUUAUCAAGUUAUGGAGACUAAGAAUAUGAUAUACAUGGUAUGCGAAUAUGCAAGCAAAGGUGAAAUAUUUGAUUACAUAGCCCGGUAUGGUAGAAUGGGAGAACCACGAGCACGAGCAACUUUUGCACAAAUCCUGUCUGCAGUUGAGUACUGUCAUGCGAUAGGAGUAGCACACCGUGAUUUGAAGGCUGAGAAUUUGCUACUCGAUGCCCAAAUGAACGUGAAAAUUGCAGACUUUGGAUUCAGUAAUAGAUUUUCACCUGGGGAACGACUAAGUACAUGGUGUGGUAGUCCACCUUAUGCCGCACCUGAAGUAUUUCGUGGAAAACACUAUGCUGGCCCAGAAAUUGAUGUCUGGAGCUUGGGAGUAGUUCUGUAUGUGUUAGUUUGCGGUGCUCUUCCAUUUGACGGAUCUACAUUGCAAUCAUUACGAGAUCGUGUAUUGAGCGGAAGAUUUCGUAUUCCAUAUUUUAUGAGUACAGAUUGCGAGAACCUGAUACGUAAGAUGCUGGUAUUGGAGCCAGGAAAACGAUAUACGAUUCCUCAAAUAAAGAGACAUCGUUGGAUGUCUGGCAUUGUGGAUGCGAAUGAUGCAGAGCUUCCCGGUAUUGCAACAGUAACGACAACGCAAACUGUUCAAGAGCCUAAUGAACAAAUUUUACGUCUCAUGCACAGCCUUGGAAUUGACGUGACUCGUACCAGAGAGUCACUCAGAAACAACAGCUAUGACCAUCACGCAGCUAUCUACUUUUUACUGUUGGAGAAGUUGAAACAGCAUCGCAGUACAAAUGUUAGUAACAACACCAGUUGCUGGCCUACACCAGGUCGUGGCACAGAAGAGAAGUUUAAAUCGAGAACCAGAGAAGACGCUAGCAGGGCUGGGAAGCGGUUUAGUUCAACAAGUUCCUCUACAGAUGAGGGUUGCUGUAGCGCGGAGGGAGAUUUGGAAGAAGGACCAAGUGGUGACGAGCUGAGAGAAGCUCAAAUAAAAUUAGAAGAACACCGACUUGGUCUUGACCGAGAUAUAAGUCAACGAAUAGACAGUCAAAUGGUCAAUCGAAGGUUGAGCGAUUAUCAGCAACAUCAUUUUGAUAGUCCUCCUACAGACCCUCCAAAUCAUACGUCCUUGUUCACCGGUGACGGCAGUUCAUCAUCGGAUUUAUUUGAAUCAAGUUUUGACUCGGGUUGCCCUCCAGACUUUACUGCUACAGGAUGCUUUACUAGCAGUUUACCGUCGUGUACUCCGCCACCCCCUAAAAGUCCUUCAUUAGUAGCAGCAAGAAUAUCAAGAGUGUCUCAAGGACGCAGAGCUUCCGACGGAGGUCCACGGUUACUGUUUUGCCCGCAAGGAGGAGGAGAUCGAUCGGCAAAGCAGCGCAGUAUUCAAGAUUCUGGAAAAGCCCGAGGACAUCUAGACCUGGUUCAUUUGAGACCACCGGUGACACCAACGCAGACCCAGCCACAAUUUAAGAUCCGUGCUGAUUCUGGAACACAGUUGCAGUUGCUUGUUCAACAAAGAAUGCUGCAGCAGAAGCGAAACUUAUAUCAUCGCCAGCGAGGUGGUGGCAGUCCGACACCAACGCCUGCUGCAUCUGGUGCAGGAAAUAGACGAAGAGAUCAUGUGCCCAGACAAGAUAGCUAUAAGAUGGCCCAACGUACACAAAUCCUACCACCCUUAUCCAUGAGCCAUGGAGAUGGUGAACUCGAGAGGGAUAGAGAUGAAGAGAGAUGGAAGAGUUUGCCCUCUAGAUUAGCUGCCGACUGCCAGUUAGCCGAGAGAACACUCCUGUGGAGCCAGCAGGUAGGACUGGGUGGAGGGGCUUCGUAUCUGCCCACUGGUGGAGUGGGAGGUUUUUUGUGGCCCAGCGGCACCAGUCCCCACUCAACAAUAUUUGAAAACGCCGGAGACCCUAUGGAAUGAACACCUUGUGUACUGCAUACUAGUCCUGACAUGCGUUUUUGAUAUGUAUUAUAUAGUUCUGCGGCAAACCACGCGAAAAACGUUCUGUUGACCUAAAAAAAUCUCUCGUCUUUUUUGUGAAUAUGAUACAUAUCUUAAAUGGUUUUGUUAAAUCGUAUCCUUUGUUAUUCAAAACAGAAAAACGGAAAGAAAGGAAACAAUCUGUUUAGGGGCUCUGUUACCACUUUGACUAUUUCAGACGACUAUCAUAAGUCGUAGUAGACACACUUUUAGCUCUCAGUUUUUUUGAUUCGGAAAUACAAAUAACUCAUAUAAUAACUUAAAUUAUUUUAAAAUCAGCCAAUCUGAAAUCUAAAUUGAAGAAUCAUACUGACAAGAUCAGGAAAAUUUGGAAAAGUUUGAAAUCUUUCGGAUCAUUAUUAUGUGUAACAUAUUUAGCUGUUUAGAACUGUAAUAGUAGAUUGUGCAACAGGGAGGCAGAACAGGUCUUUUUACGCCGAGCAUAAGUUAGCAUUAUGAGUCGUUGGCGAGUGCGUGCACGAGUUGAAGACAAGUAUUGCAAAUAUACGAGAUGAGGAAGACUUUGCCUUUAUGGAGCACGCAAUACUUUACAUAGCAAAACUAUGGUUUACAACUUUUUUUCACUAGUCGGAGUACAGAAGAGUACACUUUUAAGUAAAGAAGGCAGGCAGAAAAAUAAGCGUACACCAUACUACAUAAAAUAUAUGUUUCUUGUAUUAUUUGAAAUUAUGGAAGAUAGAAUCAAUGAUUGAUUACUCGCUAAUUGCACAAGUUAUCUUUGUCACACAUAGAUAACUCAAUUGUUGAUUAGCCAUGUUUUUCACAGACUGAUGAUUCAAACUAAAGAAAAAACACCAAGCGUUAUUAAUAUUAACUACUAAUGAGGAACCCAGAAACUCAAGUGAAGUAAGUCACUGUCCAUUAUUUUAUCCAAUGAGUAUAUCAUUGGGUAAUAAAUGUUAGUCCAUCGAUAAAGAUUUUAGCAAAAAGUAAAACUUGAAUAGAUAAUAAUAUGCAUGAAAAACGUUAUUUUCUGUUGCUACAACAAGUCCGGAGAAUAAACUUCUGAAUUUUAUCAUUGAAAUAUUAUAGCGGACUUGAUCAACUUGUGUUCUCUCCUUCAAAAACUAUGACAAGUGGAAGUAAUGUACUUCUUAAUAAGAAAAAAAUAUCAAACUUUGAGCGAAUAAGUAUAACUAUAAGUUAAUUAUAUUUGAUAAAUCAGUAUGGAAAUACGAAUUUUUGGACUAAGCAAAGGUAAUACAGAAAACGGUCUUACAUGAUUUCCGCUGGUCGUACCAAUACUGAUAGAAAUUAGAUACGAAUAAUUAUUAUGAUAGUAGCAAUGAACGUUAGCUAAGGUGUAAGAGCGUAGUGAAAGAGUUCGGAAUAUCAGUGUAAGCUAUGAGAUAUGAUUUAGAGCAUACUUUUUUAGAACAGUCUGUUUAAUAAUAGAAUCAGAACCUAUAAAGAAAAAAUUUUAAGAUCGAGACAAUAAAUAUGAAUUUGACUCUCAUUUUUUAAUGUUUGAAUAUCGACUAUUAAGAAUUUUAUGCGUUUUUGUACCACUUGAAGCAGAUUUAUUAUUAUGUACGUACAAAAGCAUAGAAGAUAUAUGGAAUCAGUCUCAUAAUGACUUCUGUAUUCAGUUCUCUUCCUUUGAUUAGUAUAUUCAUAAGAUACUUGGAAGCAUUGAAGCAAUAUCGGCCACGCACAACUGACAACGAUUUUACUAUUCAAAUUUUUCGCCAUUUUUUACCCAACAAACAAUCAAAUUUCGCUCAAAAACUUUUGAUAAGCGGAUUAAUAGCAGAUAAGGUAGACUAAUUGUUGUUUCAUCGUUCAUUUUAAAUGAGACACUGGGUGUGCAUCGCAUUAUGUUUGAAAAUUGAAAAGAAACCUGGUUAGUAGCUCAAAGAUAAAUUGAAAUAAAGUAAAAUAAAGCCCGAUUCAAAAUGAUAAGUUUUAUGUAUAACACGUAGUUCAUAGUGUAAGAAUCGAUUUGUAAAACGUACUGUUCAUUUAAUAGCAAUAAAAUAUAAUAACUUGAGUUUUUAACAAAAGUGAUUUAAAUUCUCAGUGUAAGUUCGAUUGAAUAGGUAUUUUGUAAAUUGAAACCAAUGUAUUAUUUAUCAUAAAAGGUCUAAGAUGCCAUUGAUACUAGUCAAUAACUACAGUAAUUUGUUUAGGUAAUUAUUUACUAUUAACACAAGCAAAAUUGAGCUAAGCCACCAAAUAAGGCCCAGAUUGUUACAUUAGUGUGUGAACAAGAGCUAAAUGCUGGCACAAUCUAAAUUUAUACUUAAUUUUUCGACAUUUAACAAUCACAAAUAAUAGUAAAUAAUUACCAUAUAUAAUCUGUAGAUAAGUAUAAGUGUAUGUAAUUUAGAACGCGCUUAGAUUGUAACAAAUAAAGAGUAUAACAAGCCUUAGUCGAAAUCAAUUUGUGUCGAUUCCCAUAAUCUCGUUUCAAAUAAAAAAUUGAAGCUUCAGGAAAGUAUGCAGACAAUAGACUGAGGUUUAACGUGUUUAUUUUCACAUAUGCGAGAAUCUAGUUUCUCUAUGUGAUCGUAAAAACAAUAUCGGCUCUGGUAUAAUAAGAACUCAUUUAUCUUAACACAUCUUCACGUAUAUCUGGGAGAACGUGAUAAAUCUACAAAACUACGAAUAUGAUAAAACUAGGUUAUACAAUACAUGGGGAGUAAAGGA